AUGGACAUGGGCAUCGUCUGCUUCCCGUCGGCAGACUGUCCCCUGCAACAUGACUUUGACGAACUGAAGAAGGCCGCCAAGCCGGAAGUCAUCGUCCUCAAGAGGCUCGAGCAGCUGUCGGCGUUCCAGCAGCAGCUCGUCGCAAAGAGGAGGGAGCAUGCCGCCGUGUUCUCUCGGCAUCCUGGGACCGAUGCCUCCAACGCCAUCCAGGAGAUGCUGCACAUCACCCAGAAGGUGACAAAGUUCAACGCCUGGCUGAUGAUGGGCGGCGCCAAAUUCGCCUUUCGCAAACCCAUGCUAGACUCCAUGUCAGACGAGACGGCUCUGAUGAUGGUUGUGUCGCCGGCCACGCUGGUCCUAGAGGUCUUUGUCGACAUUCUUGAGCUGGCGUUCCCAUCUCUGAAGAAGCGGCCGUCGGAAUCAGAUUGCUCGGUAUCUGGCGAGGCUGGCGUAUGCGCAAUCAACCCAGCGCUGCUGUCGAACGCCAGCAUGAAGGAGCUCGGCUUCACGCCGGCCGCCGCGCCUGACAUUGCAGCUGUGAAUAAUCUCGCGAAUCCAGUGUGCAUCUACAUUCUCCUGACAGCGCUCCAGGACCAGCUGGACUCGAUGCGGAAAGCUGUCGAACUGGGCUUGGAUUCGUUUCCGAGGAUGGAUGCUGCCAAGGGAGCUCAAGGGCUGUUACCUGCCAUCAUGGAUCAGUAUUCUGAAAAGAUUCGCUUUGUUCAGGGGCACAUCACCAAGGCAGGUGGCGACAAUUUAAUGGCUGGACUGGACUGA